CUUCUCCUUCACCAUGAACUCUCUCAUUUCCACACACUCAACUCAAUCUCUCUCAGAUGCUCCUUCAAUCUCAACCAUGAGCUCGUUUUACCUUUCUUCUUCUCCAAUUUCGAAACUUCAGUGGCACGCGAACCCUAAACCUAAACCCAAUCGCUCUGUUGUUCGUCUUCCCCUCUCUCGUAACUGCUACUCGUGGAGAUUAUCUUGUAACGUUGCUCAACAACAUGGUCUCGAUUUCGAGGAAACUGUGGAAGAAGAUGAAAUCCCUCAGCUUGUCGAGCUAUCUUCUGAGGAGCCGAGCUUACACGAAGAACAAGUCGCUCCUCCUCCUCCUCCAUCGAGAAUGCUGAGAAAGAAAAAAGAAGAUGAAGAGAGCUUAGACGAUAGGUUCAAGCUCAGAAAUGGAAAGGAGGUUUUUGAGGAGAAGGCAUACCUAGUGGGCGUGGAAAGAAAGGGAGAUGGAGAGUGUUUGUUUGAUAUAGAAGAAUCCCUUGAGGAGCUAGAACAGCUCGCUGAUACAGCUGGCCUUGCGGUCGUUGGUUCUACUUAUCAAAAACUAGCUUCCCCAAAUCCUAGAACGUACAUUGGAUCAGGAAAGGUCGCAGAGAUCAAAACUGCAAUUAAUGCAUUGGAUGCUGAGACCGUUAUAUUUGACGAUGAGCUUUCACCAGGACAAUUGCGCAACCUGGAAAAGGCCUUUGGUGGGGAAGUUCGCGUUUGUGACCGCACCGCCCUUAUCUUAGACAUUUUUAAUCAAAGAGCCGCAACUCAUGAAGCAGCCUUGCAGGUUGCCCUUGCACAAAUGGAAUACCAAUUACCACGAUUAACUAGAAUGUGGACUCACCUUGAGCGUCAAUCUGGUGGCCAAGUUAAGGGCAUGGGAGAAAAACAAAUUGAAGUUGAUAAACGUAUCUUGCGUACUCAAAUUGGAGUUCUCAAAAAGGAGUUGGAAUCUGUUAGAAAACAUCGAAAGCAGUAUAGAAGUCGACGUGUUGCUAUACCUGUGCCUGUUGUAUCUUUGGUUGGUUAUACAAACGCUGGAAAGAGUACACUUUUGAACCAAUUGACUGGUGCUAAUGUUCUCGCUGAAAAUCGUUUGUUUGCGACUCUUGAUCCAACUACAAGAAGGGUUCAGAUGCACAACGGAAAGGAGUUUCUUCUCACAGAUACCGUUGGUUUUAUCCAAAAGUUACCAACCACCCUGGUUGCUGCUUUCAGAGCAACACUCGAAGAAAUAUCAGAGUCAAGCCUUUUGGUGCAUGUUGUUGACAUCAGCCACCCACUGGUACAGCAACAAAUAGAAGCUGUGGAAAAGGUUAUGUCUGAACUCGAUGUUGUUUCAAUCCCAAAAUUGGUUGUUUGGAAUAAGGUUGAUAGAGUAGAUGAUCCUCAAAAGGUCAAGCUGGAAGCAGAGGAAAGUGGGGAUACUAUUUGUAUAUCUGCUCUGACUGGAGAAGGACUAGAUGACUUCUGCAAUGCUGUUCAUGAGAAGCUUAAGGAUUCAAUGGUUUGGGUUGAAGCCCUUCUGCCAUUUGAUAAAGGGGACCUUCUGAGUACUAUACACAAGGUUGGAAUGGUGAAAGAAACGGAAUACACAGAGAAUGGGACACUUAUCAGGGCACACGUUCCGCUUCGUUUUGCACAGCUGCUUAAACCUAUGAGACACUUGGUCAAAGAUGCUUCCAUAAGUCAAAAAGGGUGAACCAGAAUCAUAGCAAGAACCUGAUGGCCUGUCUUCUACUAAGACACGUAGGCCACAUGUUUGGCCAAAGCACCCGAAAGCAAAAAGAGUUCAAACAACCUCCUGAACGUACACACCACAAUGAAUGACAGUAAGGAAUAUUCGUAGAUAAAAAGGCAUGCAGCUAGUAGACACAAGCAAGCUAAGCUUGAACCCCCUACUUGACAUCGUGUGAACUGGCACUGCAGAUGUUAUUUCAUCAGUGAUAACCCUUUUUGUACAUAGAGCAUCCGGUUUGGAAACAUGGGGUGUAUAAAUGUUUCACUUAACCAAAACUAGCGCCUGGUUCGAACCUAACAUAUUAAAACUUCCAAAUUCUCA